AUGACGCCUGACGAUGACCCGCCCAUCUACCAGCUGCCGGAAGAGUUACUGCUGCACGUCGCCUCUUAUCUUCCCGACUCAGCUGCACCCACGUCCCUCAAGGACCUGAGUCUCACGUCCCGCAGAUUUCGCUCUGUCGCCCAAGAUGCCCUUUACACCACAGUAAACCUGUCCAUGUCAUGUGGGACUCACCCCAAGGUGAGCUCCCUUCUGCAGCUGCUGCGUACUCUCCUGGACCGCGCAGACCUUGCGGCAAAAAUCAGAACCCUACGCGUUGGGACAAUUCGCAAGAAUGUCGCGAAGCUUUGCGAGGUGCAGGACUUCGACCUCGCGUCUUUACGCGUGCGAAGCUUGGCAAAGCUGGAACAGAUGGGGUAUACUGCGUCGCAUCCUUGGCAUCGGACAAUUCGAAACUCGAUAGAGUCGGGAUUUGCUGGACUGCUGCUCGUACUGCUUCCCAACCUCACACACCUUGAUGUCUGGGUGAAAGAUCAUGCUCGCGGUCCACCUUCAGGCGAGUGCAUCUCCGGGCUUUUCGGUGGAAUGUUCGCCCCUGCUAGCAUUAUUCACGGUUGGAGCACGCUUCGACAUUUGACUACGAGCGACACACACUUACUGAAGUCUGGCAUUCACUACGAGAACCUUAAAAGCCUCGAUCUAAAAACGAUUUCCAUUGGUACCAUCCUGCGUCUCAACGGUCGUGGGUGUCUACAGGGCGCCGAGAACCUUGAUGAUCUAGCCUUGAGUGUCUCGAUACAAUUUGCAGAUCGUCCCCUCGUUGAAAAGGCGGAAGUCCAACUCAGUGACCUUUUCGAAGCUCUCGACUGCAGCCGGCUACGAAGUCUCAAAAUGCAGCUUAUCAACGACAGCUAUCAUCUCACAGACGACCGAGAUACCCAGCUUGAUGCUAGCUAUCUCAUAGAUCAACUUGAUAGCAUGCGAGACAGUCUAGAAAGGCUUGCCAUCACGCAUGAAAUUACUGAUGACGACUCCGAUUUAGAAUGGCUGCUGGGAUUGUUGACGAACCAAAAGAGAUCAUUUAAACACUUCACCAACCUCAAGCAUCUCACCAUUCCACAGUUGUUCUUUUUCAACGAGGAGACGGAUCGUUGGCUGGAACACUGCUGCCAGCCGAGAGAUUUGCCACCAAAGCUCGAGACGUUGGAAAUCUUGUACCCUCAAUCAGACAUAGAAGACUGGGUACAGGUAGAGCGCUUCCAGCCCCCAGGAUAUCAAGACGAUCCGGCUUUAGGCUUUCAAGCCAAGCUGCCCUCGGCUUUGUGGAAGAUCACAUUGACGUGUCGCGACGAAGUUGGCUCAUCUGCAUCGUCCUUCACGAAGGACGUAGAGCCGAUCUGGGUGGUGCUGUCGUUUGAUCUCCUAAUUGAGACGUAUGUCUUCUGUCAGACCCAAGGAAACUGGUACAAUUUGAAAGACUUGCGCUACGAGCAAUUAGACAUGAACGAGGAGGAGACCGACAGCGAUAUGUCAGCGAUGUUAUUAGCGCAUUCUGGACCUCAGGUAGAAUCGACCGACAGCGAAUUGGAAACGACUGAUAGUGGAGACUACGACCAAGAAUCGGACGAAGAAUCGGACGAAUAG